GAAAGAUUCUUUCUCGUUUCAUCCAACACCAUUUUAUGUUGUACUUUGCAACACUCGUCCCUGACUGCAGAGAAAGGAAUGUCUGGUGAAAUGACGUGGAAACAUUUUGCUCAGAUACUUUGCGGUGUACUUUGCCUCUCGCAGUCUGUUCUCGGCAGUCAGCCUUGGAUUCACAUGGCGGGAUACCAAGGCGACGGGAUCAAGCUUGUGUGCGAGUCCGAUGGAUGGAGUUCUCAGCCCGAGGUCUCGUGGGAGGAUGGGAAACAGCACAAACUGACGGCACAGACCACAACAGGAAAUUCUGCCAAUGGCUUGAUCAUGAUGCAAACCUCCAUCAUUGCCACGGAGAGCUCCGGCAACAUGUUCAGCUGCCUGUUCAUCGACAGCUUAACCAAGAAAAAAACAGAAGGAAAAAUCCAGAUCGCAGAUUAUUUUUUCCCCCGUGUCUCUCUGGGGCUGGUCUUUUGUUUGUUGUUCUUCUUCAUUUUCCUGGCCGGGAUCGGUGGGGUUUUGUUCUUCAUCUGGAAACAACAAAAAAAGACCAAAGAACUUAACAAAGAACUGGAAGAAUUGCCGCUGAGGACUGCCCCCCCGAACACACAGCCCCUCCUGACUACCUCUGCUUAGAACCACUGAGACCCGGGAAGGUCGGAGUUUACCUGGAGGAUGAGGAGGGACGGGUGAUAACAUCUUACAACGCUGAUAACGUGUCUCGUCUCCAAACCUUUCACUGACAGUUUCACGCAGAGAAUGUGCCCUUAUUUCUGCCCCCUGGUUUCCUGACGGUGGCAGCAACUCUGGAACGCUGGUAAUUUGUCUGAUUAAGAGUAAACCGAGAGCUUAAAGCCGUCUUAAGUCACUGCCGGUCGACCCGGCCGUCCUGAAAACGUUGAUUUUUCGCUGGGUUUGACUGUUUUUCAGGGUUUUUGUCUUCAAAUCGCUUCAUCUGCACCUCCCGACCUCUCUGACCUACUUACUCCCCGCUCCGCUACCCGCUGGCUCCGGCGUCCUGCUCGACCCCCGCCCCCCCAC